GUAUGUAGCUAUCCCCGCGCAGCGUCUAGACUAUGUGUCUGGCAAACUCAAAAACCAAUCCGUCUGUGAGGUUUCAGUAUGCAGCUAUCCUCACUCACCACCACGUCAAUGUGUCUGGCAAUCUCCAAUACAAAUCACCUGUGAGGUUUCAGCAUGUGUCUUUCCUCACUCAAAUCGUCUAUGUGUCCGGCACUAUCCAACAUCACU